CCCCUUCCCUCCCCUCCCUCCCUCCUUCUCCUCCCGUGCCUCCGCCUCCCAGCCUCCCUCCUCCUCCUCUUGCUGCUGCUGCUGCUGGUUGGGGCACGUGCGCCGGGGGCUGGGGGGUCAGGCUGGCAGAGCGCGUGCCCCUCGGGCCUCAAGCGGAAGGGAGCCGGGCAGGCAGGGCCAGCUCCUAGACCAGAGAGGGUCGAGGCUGGCACCCCUGGAUCUCCUUCCUCCUCCUCCUUCUCUUGCUGGCUGCAUGUGCCACUUUGGUGCCCGCCCUAGAAGCGCCUCCCAGCCUGGGCUUCACUCUUGCUGCUACUGCUGCUGUUUCUGCUGCAAAGGCAAAGAGCCCUGUGCCCAGCAUGGAUGAAGGGAUGCCACCUUUGCCAGACAGGCCUUUGCUGCUGGAACCUCGGGACUUCCUUGGACUGGAUUACCCAUCCUUAUAUAUGUGCAAACCCAAGAGAGGCAUGAAGAGAGAUGAGAGCAAGGAAACCUACAAACUGCCGCACAGAUUGAUAGAGAAGAAAAGGCGAGACAGGAUUAAUGAGUGCAUUGCUCAGCUGAAAGAUUUAUUGCCGGAGCAUCUCAAGCUGACAACACUGGGGCAUCUGGAGAAAGCUGUGGUUUUGGAAUUAACUUUGAAACACUUAAAAGCUUUAACCGCCUUAACAGAGCAACAGCACCAGAAGAUCAUUGCUUUGCAGAAUGGGGAGCGAUCCCCGAAGUCCCCAUCUGCUUCUGCUGCUGCCUCCCUUCCCCCUUCGGAGCUGGCUGCCUUCCACUCGGGCUUCCAGAGCUGCGCCCAGGAGGUGCUUCGCUUCCUCUCUCGGGGGGGCUCCCAGGAGAGGCUCCCUCGGGAGCUGCUGGGCCACCUGCACUCGCUCUGCGCCGGCUUCCUCCCGGGGAGCUCCCUGCCGCCGGAUCCUGUCCGGAGCAAGGCCCAGCAGGGCCAGCCUCGCUGCGUCCCGGUCAUCCAGAGGACUCAGGCCCCGCAGCCUCCCCAGCAGCAGCAGCAGCAGCAGCAACAGCAGCAGAGCCUCAGCGAGACCGACACCGACACGGACAGCGGCUACGGCGGGGAAGGCGAGGCCAGGCUGGAGGGCGAGAAGAAGGCCAUCAAACAAGAGGAAGAGGAGGAGGAAGAAGAAGAGGUGGCUGCCAAGAGGAGGAAGGGGGCAGACUGCUUCUGGAGGCCCGACCCGGCCUUGCUGGGCUCCUGGGUGGCCCUGGGAGCAGCCCCAGGAUCGGGCCCAGGAUCAGGAUCGGGCCCCCCUCUGGGGCAGCAGCAGCAUCCCCCUCUCUGCCUGCCCUUCUACUUCAUCGCCCCUUCCUCCUACCUGCAGCCUUUCCUGGACAAGAGCCCCCUGGAGAAGUAUCUCUACCCAGCCGCAGCAGCAGCAGCAGCCUCGCCUCCCUUCCCUCUGCUCUACCCAGGCCUCCCGGCUCAGGCAGCAGCAGUAGCAGCAGCGGCAGCAGCAGCCUUCCCUCGCCUCUCCUCCUCCUCCUCCUCCUCCUCCUCGGUCCUCCUUUCUCCGGACGGGGCUGCUCCUCCGCCUCUGCUCAAGGCGGCCAUGGAGGCCGAUCUCCCUCCCCAAGAAGAGGAGAGUCCCCCAGAGACUCUGGCCAGGCAGCAGGGCAUCAGAGACAAAAGCCAUUAGGAACCAGCAUGAAAGGACCCAGGGUUGGGAUCGGAUGGAUGCCCUCUGAGGAGCCCUUCCAGGCCAGACUGGUCCUCAGCCACUGGCCUCUUCCCUUCUUGGUCCAGGAGGAGGUCUCUGUUGGGAAGAGAGGGAUGGCCCUUUCCUUUCCCCAUCUCAGCCUUUGGGCCUCCAGAUGCUUUGGACUACAGUUCCCAGAAGCCCCGCUCAAUAUACUCAUGGUUCAGGAAUUCUGGGAGUUGAAGUCUCCAAAAAUCUAGAGGGGUCUCUGAGAAGAGAGGGAUGGUCCCUUCUUUUUCCCCAUCUCAAGGCUCUUAAGUCAAUGGUUCUCCACCUUGGGGCCCUCCAGAUGCUUUGGACUCCAAUUCCCAGAUGUCCUACUCAAUAGGCUCAGGGAUUCUGGGAGUUGAAGACUCCAAAAAUCUAUAGGGCCAAAGGUUGAGAACCCACUGCUCCAAGUGGUUCCUAAAGUCUGUUCCUCCAGAUCUUUUGGACUCCCACUCCCAGAAGCCUCAGAUCCUUUGGACUUCAACUCCCAGAAGCCUUGGCCAUCUGUCAGGAACUCUGGGAGGCGAAGUCCCAAAAUAUUUGGAGGACCAAAGUUUGGGAAUCGCUGCUCUAAAGCAAUGGUUCCCACAUUUUGGCCCUUAAGAUGUUUCGGACUUCCAUUCCCAGAAUCCUUGACUGUUGUUGGCCAAACUGCCUGGGACUUCUGGGAGUUGAAGUGGAAAACACCCAGAGGAUCGUAGUUGGUGCACCACCGCAGUCUAUUAAAGGCACCUUCUCUUUCUCUCAUAUAGGGAACUAAUCCAGGUAGGCCUCACUUUGACUGCCAUGGUUCAGUGCUGUGGAAUCCUGGGGGCUGUAGUUUGUUGUGGCAGGAGAGCUCUCUGACAGAGAAGGCGGAUUCCUUGCCAAACUACAAUUCCCAGAAUGCCAUCUCAUGGAGCACUGGCAGUGAAAGGGGAGCCAACCUGGAUUGUUUCUGGAUGCGGCCUUGGGUCCAAAACACACUGCAGAAAUAAUCCAGUUUAACUGCCCUGGCUCAAUGCUAGGGGAUUCUGGGAAAUGUAGUUUUGUGAGACAUUU